AUGGAUGAAUGUGGGUUGAGGGAGACAGGCAGAGUAGGAGGAAGAGCAGGUGAAGCAGGAGGAGGCGGUGGUGGUGGUAAUGUUGGUGCUGGUAGUGGUGGUGGUGGUGAUGGAAGGGGGAAGAGGAAGCUGGCAGUGGUUGAACAGCCACCAGUGGAGUGGUACUGUGGUCCACAGUUUGCGUAUGUCGUUACUAAUCUUGCUGUGUCGUGUGUGUGGCUGCACCGGUUGAUGUGCGGUGCCAACGCCACUCCAGGAGACGAUGUUGUUAGGGGUACCGAGUGCGACCACUUCAAGAUAGCACCGCCUAUUGCCGCGCUCACCACGCCUCCGCCAAGUGGGAAGCGUGGAGAGUGA